AUGGUUUCCGGUACAAGUGGUUACAAUAUCGGUGUGUGCACUGUAACAGAAGGGGAAAGGGCGGAAAGCGGUAUGCCAAACUUGGAUCCCGUGCCAUGGAGGCCUAUAGUACUCAGUGUCAAAACACAUGAGUUGGCAACACCACAGGUUCCUCGUGACAGCGUCCAACGACAUUUUGCCGCGUUGUCUCUGCUGGAUUACCAUGACAUCGUCAAGCUCCCCAAAGCACUGGAUGAUUAUUGCCAAGCGGAAACUCACCAUGUCCUGGCAGACUACUGCUGA